CAAAAAUUACAAGUUGCAUAAAUUUGCUGAAAAAAAGGAUUUUGAAAUGUUAUAAUUGGGAUAAUUUUACAACACUUCAUUACGCCCGAAACCCAAUUGUCAAUUCUAGGGAAAUUUUUCCGUUUUAAUUGCCUUCACUGUCACUUUGACAUUGAAUUGUUUGGUUUUGACAAUAAUAAAGAAUUGUUUUUAUGUUUAAUAAGUUGAAAGUAUAGCGAAUUUCUGUGUUUUUGUAUUAUUGAAAUCAAAAGUUUAUAUAAAAAAAUGACAGAUCCAGAUGACGAAUUAUGUCCCCCUCCAACUGAAGAUGAUGAAUUGACUUUGCCAAGAGCAAGUAUCAACAAAAUUAUCAAAGAACUUGUACCGUCUGUGCGUGUUGCCAAUGAGAGCCGGGAACUUAUACUUAACUGUUGCACGGAAUUUAUACACUUAAUAUCAUCUGAAGCAAAUGAAGUGUGUAAUCAGCGUCAUAAAAAAACAAUUAACGCUGAACACGUACUAGAAGCGUUGGAUCGCUUGGGCUUUAAUGACUAUAAACAAGAAGCGGAAGCUGUUCUCAUCGAUUGCAAAGAAGUUGCAGCGAAGCGCCGACGCCAAAGCACGCGCUUAGAAAAUCUAGGCAUACCUGAAGAGGAGCUGCUGCGACAACAACAAGAGCUUUUCGCCAAAGCGCGUGAAGAGCAAGCACGUGAGGAACAACAACAAUGGAUUAAUAUGCAAGCAACGGCCGUUCAACAAAGCGCUGAGCUAAUGCAUCGCCAAAUGAAAUCUCAGUCUAGCACCAGCGGUGGAGGUUUAGAAGAUGAAGAUGAUGAUGAUGAGGACUAUUAAUUAAUUAGUGUAAUUUUAGGAAAACCUUUGUUAAGAAUAUUUCGUGGAUAUUUAAAAAACAUACACACCAAUAUUUGUAAUAUAAAAAUAAAUUAAUUAAUAUAAACAU